CAAGUUCAACUCUCUCUCUCUCUCUCUCUAGUAGGAAAGGGAAAAUGGUGAUGGCAAAGACGAAGUAUGAGGCCGUACGGCAGCAGAGAUUGGAAGAGAACAAGAAAAGAAUGGAGGAGCUCCAUCUCCCUCUUCUCACUCAAGCCUUCAAAGAUGCCUCCUCUCCUAAGCCCUCUCCGAUGAAGAAGACUAAACCUCGGAUUGCAAGGACAGAGCUUGUUCCUGUUAGAAGAUCGCUUCGAUUUUCCAACAAAUCAGCUCCCGAAUACAAAGAGAUUACUGUCUACGAGCGUGUGCAGAUUCCUAGAAGAACAACUCACAGAACGAGGGACUUCUCUAACCGCGUCUACGCCUCUGAUGAAGCUCGUGACAUCGCAAUGAAGAAGGCCGAGGAGAUCGAAUCGUCCCUAGGCUCCGAUCACCCCUCAUUCGUGAGGUCAAUGCUCCCCUCCCACGUCAGCGGAGGCUUUUGGCUGGGGCUGUACACGGAUUUCUGCAGGCGGAGGCUGCCAAGAAGCGAUAGCGUGGUUCAGCUGGUGGACGAGCAGGGAGAGGAGUGGCCGGUGGUGUACCUGUGUCGGAAAACCGGGCUAAGUGGCGGGUGGAAGAAGUUUGCGGUUGAUCAUAGCUUGGUGGAUGGUGAUGCUCUUGUUUUUCAGCUCAUCAAACCAACUGUUUUUAAGGUGUUUAUAACAAGAGUUGAUGGUGAAUGUGAUGAUAAGGUUGGAGGAGAAUAGUGUAUAUGAAGCUAUUGGUUUGCAAACUCAAGUAUUUUGGUAGUUGGAAUUUGGUAUUCAACUCAAGAAGUAUUUUGAGUCUAUUUAGGUUGGAGUAGAUUUUUAAUUUAGUGGCGUAUGUGUCAUUAGUCCCCUCUAUAUUUGUCGUGCCAUAUGCAAAACUUAAUGGAAGUGUAUUAAGGUGGUCUAUUUAUUAACAA